AUGUCUUCCGCGUCUCCCGAGAACUCUUUGGAACCAACUCCGCUCGUUGCACCUGCCGUGCCCGGUGCCGGCGAUGACAAGGAGACGUACUUGAAGUUACAAAUAGAGAACGAUCCGUUGGACAUCCUGCGGCAGUUGGAACUUGUACAAUGGUACGAGUCCAACGGUCAAUUCAGCGAGAUGGACGUGGUGUACGAGAAAUUGCACAAGAGGUUUCCGCUGUAUUCUGCUCUGUGGGUGAUCCAGUUGAAGGGAAACCUUCAACGGGACCAGUUCACGGAAGUGGAGACAUUGCUCAAUGAGUGUUUGAGCGGUGCGUCUGCGAACAACGACUUGGACCUUUGGAUGACGUAUCUGGACUAUGUGAGAAGGAAAAACAACCUGAUCACCGGUGGUCAAGAGGCGAGAGCCAUUGUCAUCAAGGCGUUCGAUCUGGUCAUGCAGAAAUGCGCCGUGUUUGAACCUUUGUCCGCCAAAUUCUGGAGUGACUACCUGCAAUUCUUGGAGUCCUGGAAGCCAGCAAAUAAGUUUGAGCAACAAGAACGUAUAGACCUGCUCAGGAAACUGUACAAAGUCAUGCUAACAACACCAUUCGACAGUCUCGAGAGGAUGUGGAAAAAAUACACACAGUGGGAACAGGAGACUAGCAACCUGAACGCGAGAAAAUUCAUCGGUGAACUCUCUGGAGAAUACAUGAAGGCCCGGUCCCUGUACCAGGAGUGGUCCAACGCAACAUCUGGCCUACGCAGAAUCUCACCCAUGAACCUGAGCACCUGUAAUAAAAAUAAUAUAGCCCAGUAUAACGAAGAUGACAUUAUAGACGUCGAGCAACUACAAACGUGGCUAGAUUGGAUCCAAUGGGAAAAGGAGAAUAAACUGACUUUACCAGAGGAGACCCUAAAGGAAAGGAUAACGUACGUUUACGGCCAGGCAGUUCAAUACAUGGUGUUUUGUCCUGAAAUAUGGUACGAUUACGUGAUGUACCUUGCCGAUGCCCCCAUUGAGGACCGGAUCAGAAUUCUAUCAAGUGCACUUUUGGCCAACCCAUCUUCCCCCUCCUUAACGUUCAAACUUGGCGAAUGCUACGAAUUAGAAAAUAACCUCCCAAUGUUGGAAACUACCUACCAAACAACGACAGACUACAUCUUUUCGCACUUCAAAAUCCUGAAAGGCAAUCAAGAGACAGACCCAGUGAUACUCUCAAAGCAUAAAGAAAAAUUAACUUUUAUUUAUUGCAUAUAUAUGAAUACCAUGAAAAGGCUGUCAGGGUUGGCCGCGGCGCGUCAAGUGUUCGGGAAGUGUCGGAAGUUGAAGGGCAAUUUAUCGCACGCCAUCUACAUUGAAAACGCAUACCUGGAAUCGCGGAACUCCAAUGACAACAACAAAACAGCAAUGAAAGUACUGGAGCUGGGAUUGAAGUAUUUCAAGGAAGAGGGAGAGUAUAUCCUCAAAUACAUGAAUUUUUUGACAAUGCUAAACAAGGACUCCAAUAUUAAAACGCUAUUCGAAACCUCGGUGGACAAAAUUGUCGACCCUGUUCAAUUGAAAUUGAUCUAUAAGAAAAUGAUAAGUUACGAAUCCAAGUUUGGUAGUUUGAAUAACGUUUACUCGCUGGAAUCAAGAUUUUUCGAGAGGUUCCCCGAGGAGAAUCUGAUUGAGACUUUUACCGAUAGGUAUGAGAUCCAGAACGAAAACUACAUCAAGAAACUGGAACUUGCGUAUAUGUUGGAGAACGAUCAAAUGGCGAUGAUUGGCACUUUUUCGAUGAAUGGGAAUUCAAAGAAGAGAGCAAUGAAGACAAGUAACCAUAUGUCACCACGUAAGAGAAUGUCUCGUUCCAGUCAAGAGGUGCCAGACGCAAUCGUCGAGAUGCUCAAAGUCUUACCAAAGCGCCAGUACUUUAGCAAUGUGAUACUUGAUCCCGAGAGUUUGAUUAAUUUUCUCGUGGACCAGGUUGAAAUACCAGAAGACAGAUCGUAA